UGAUGGCACAGGAGAUUUACGGACGAUGAUAGGACAGCUACGGCAUUGAAGAUUGUAUUACCUCCACGAUCUCGUAUAAAAAAGUAAAAGAACAGUGAUUUAUUCUACUUUAUCUCUUUAUUAUCGAGCUUUCUCAUUCCUCAUAUUCGAUGAGGUGGAACUGAUAGCAUGCAGCGGAGGGACAGAACAUUGUAAAUAGCAACAGUGCGCUCAGGACAGGAGGAGAUUCAAGAGAUUGAGGACCAAAACAAUCCGAACAACAAAAUCAACACUAAUGGCUGCAGAGAAUAACUUCCCUCCAAUACCGGGGUUCAUCCCCCUGCAGCCGUGUUUCUACCAGGACUUUGAUGAGGAGAUCCCUGAACAGCAUCGCACCAUGUGCAAGAGACUCUACCACCUGUGGAUCUUGCAUGCAAUCACCCUGGCUGUGAAUCUGGUGGGCUGCUUUGUUUGGAUGCUGGGUGGAGGGGGCGUGACAAAUUUUGGCAUGGCCAUCAUAUGGUUGAUUCUCUUCACCCCCUGCUCCUAUGUGUGCUGGUUCAGGCCCAUCUACAAGGCCUUCAAGACUGACAGCUCGUUCAACUUCAUGGCGUUCUUCUUUGUGUUCAUGGCCCAGGUGGGCAUCAGUAUCAUCCAAUGCAUAGGGAUCCCAGGCUGGGGAAACUGCGGCUGGCUGGCCACCAUCUCUUUCUUCAGCUACAACCUUUGGAUCGCCUUGCUGAUGCUCAUCCCCACCCUCUUUUUCACUGCCACGGCAACGCUGUCCUUCAUCGCCCUCACCAAGGUCCAUAACUUCUACCGUGGCAGCGGGGGCAGCAUAGGCAAGGCCCAGGAGGAGUGGACCACAGGGGCCUGGAAGAACCCCCACAUCCAACAGGCAGCACAGCAGGCAGCUAUGGGGGCCGCCACGGGGGCCAUGAUGCCGGACCAACAGUACUCCAGCAACACCCCACAGUACAACGACAACCAGAUGUAGGGGAUGAAGUGGAGGGAGGGAGGCAUGUCAAAGCAUGAGCAGGAGUUGGGUAUCUGUUUAUCCCAUCCCAAUAAAGUGUGUCUCUAUCGCAGCAGCUCUUUCUAUAGGGCAGGGGUCGUCAACCUUUUUUUUGCCCAGGGACCCCUCCCAGGCAAACGGGCAACCCAGGGACCCCCAUCAUACGUUAGCAAUUUCUUCUCACAUGUCUUGUCUUAACAUCAGGUGAAUGAUAAUGGCAAGGAGAAGUAAUCAACAUUUAAAAAAUGAGUAGAUUUGGUAGAUAGUUUUUCAUUAUUUUGACCUCCGCACAUUAUAAUUGGGAAAGGAAGUGUAAACUCUAACAUAGCCUAUUAGCUAGAAAAGUAACUCCAAACACAUUUUUGCUAAAAGCAGCUGUUUAGCUGGUUGAACAAAGGUUAGCCAUAUGUUGGCAAAAAUGUAUGUCCAGGUCAAGAAAGCUUACCAGCAGCCAGCGGCACUUGACGCACUGGUAGCCUAUGUAAUUGGCUCCAAAGAGUGUAAUUUGCUCUAUAUUAGGAGUUGAGAAAUAAUGUUGACAUCAUUAGAAAGAAGAUAUUCUCCUCUUUUCUACUGUAAUCAUUUAUUCUGUUGUUGCUAGCGAUAUACCCCUGCUAUAGGGCAAUACACUACACUACCACACUACACCAGCUGACAAGACAACAUUUCAUGUUCUCAGCAUCUACACUGAAUGACAGUAUCUGGUUUCUACUGUGUGAUGUCAUAUUUCUGCUUCUGCUGCUUUGUUUUGACGUGUCACAUCAAAGAUGUGUCCCUAUGUUAUGUCACUGUGUUAGCAGGGCCCUGUGGCCACCUGCACACAGCAUCAACUCUGCUUGUCAGAGCUCAUUCUGAUCACCUACUGUCCUCUCCUCAGUGAUCUUUGGGGUGGUGGUGGUUUUUGGUAGCCUCCUCCUGCUCUUGACUUGUAAAGUAAUGCUUAUGAUAUAGUAUUCAAAUUAUACAUUUGUUUGUUUUAUACAGUAAGUUACUGGACUCUAGGUUUUGUCGUGAAUAAAUGUAGUCAGUGGCUGUAGGAAGAGAGGCGUGUAUGACUGUGUUUGAAUGCAGUACUAUUAACAUAUUUAUUUCAUCUACUGAAAUGUAAAAAAUUAUAAAAACAUUUUAUUACAGAAUGUAGCACUGAGAUAACUUUAAUAUUUGACCAGGAGUGUUUAUGUACAGUAGGAGAUAGCUUAUUUGGUAAUACAUAUGUAUGUUUAUGAAUGCAUUACUCAAUCAAGUGAAUUCCAGUUGAUUGAACAAAAAGGGCUAUCCUCUGAGCUAUCAGGGUGCUUUGUGAUUCUCAGGUAAAGCAAAGCUAUAAACACUGAACACAAACUGUGAACCUUUUCUGUUUACGUCCAUGUGUAUGUUUUUGAUAGCUUAUAUAAUAUGUAUUUCAAAUGAAACCAUAAUCCUGUUGCCUCAGGGGUAUUAGUUUUAUUUGAUUCAUUAUGUAACUUGAAAAAAUGGUUGCACUAAAAUAAGACAAGGUAUUACUGUGAGGUAAAGGUCAGUAUGUACUGUAGUAUUAGAGACGUAUAGAAAAGUACGCUCUUUUCUCUUAUUUAUCAAUAUUAUUUUAACCCUUUAAACUUGAUAUUAGAGCAGCACUCAACUACUGAAUGUGUGAAAGUCCUCAAAAUGGCAGUAUCUCACAUUUUACUGCAGACAUCUGAAUUUGGAUACCAUUGAAAGAAGCAAUAACUCCUGUUUUUAUCAAAUUCAUAGUAUACACCGCCUUUGAUUUAAUAUUGAGGAGGUAGUGAGAUUUGGAACUCCACUUCCUUUGAAUUUGGCCUGGACGUUGGUGUUGGUGUCCCUGGGGUUCACUGUCUACACUGAUAUCUUUCAUCAGGGUAGCUCAGAGGCUGUUUUAAAGAGCUUCAAUGGAGAGCUAACUGUGUGCUCCCAGCUCCCAACCUGAGAUGAAAGAUUACAGGCCAGUCGCAUUUUCAUUUUCCACAGUCAUGGAAAUGGGACUUUCUUCUAAUAGUCUGAGAAGUAAUGAAUGCAUACCAAAACAAUGAACUAUUUGUAGGGGACUAUUGUACAAUAUGUCUUUAGAGCAAGGCUCUCCAACCCUGCUCCUGGAGAGCAUUAACGUCCUAUAGGUUUUCGCUCCAAUCCUAAUCUUGCGCACCUGAUUCUAAUAAUUAGCUGUUUGAUCAUCUGAAUCAGGUAAAUUACAACUGGGGUUGGAACGAAAACCUACAGGAGGGUAUCUCUCCAGGAACAGGGUUGGAGAGCCCUGCUUUAGAUAGACAUGUAACAUCUAAUGUAAAUUAAUCAAUGUGAGCUAUAAUUUAAUUGCUAUGAUUUCACUUUUGUUUCUCGUUAUGUAAUUGUUUUGCAUUGAAUGUCUACAUGUCUUAGAGGGUUCUCUUUUUUAAAAGUGUGUACUUAAUGUCUUGUCUAUGGUAGACAUAGUUAGACAGCAACGUUGUACUGUAUGGCUUGUUGUAUGGUUGUUUGACCACAGAGGGGCGCUGAUGGUUCCUUUUAUCUGUAUGAGAGAAAAUCCCUGAUAAACAAGCUGCCUGCACUCAGUCGUCUGGCUCUCCAUACAGUAGACUUUAGGCCUAUAGGUUAGUCAGUAUUCAGUCUACAGCUCAAGGGUUCCUCCUGUUCCCAGGUGGUAGCUACCUGUGACCAGGAAGGAAGGGAGAGAUAGAGCCUUAGAUCUAAGUGGGCUCCAGUCAGCCUCAGCCUGGCUCAUAAUGCCCUCCUGCCACCUCUCUCUCUCACAGGGGCAGAUGGCUGAGCAGGCGGUCCCUGUGAACACAUUACAGUGUGCUCUAUGCUGUAGGGGAAAGAGAGACAUUUAUGGCACAAAAUGGGUGCCAUUUCCUCUGGGGUAGUAGGGCUUUGAAAAUGACCUAAAUGGCCUCCUGUUGAGGGAAGGAGAGAGAGAGCAGUAGAAAAACAGUGUACCUCAGGUGUUCAUUAGUUCAUGUUCUAGCUAGAUCCCUAACCUGGCCUAAUCUAUAUAUACCAAGGCCUCUUAACCCCUCAAGUAGCUGUAUUCAACAUUAUUAUGCACAUUACUUUAGAGAAAUCCCCCAAACCUAUACUUCUUUUCUCUCCUACAUCUAAAAGGUAUCAGCUAUGUACCCAGUGUAGGAACUGGGGUAUAAACUAUGCAGUUAGCCCUUGACUAUGGAAGGGAUGUGUUUGUAAGUACAGUUGUUUAGGCUUAGAUUAGCCAGUGACUGAUGUAAAGAUGUGUAGAGCACUGUUAGCUUAAACUGUGAUAUAAUCAGUAUUCAAUAAGCUGCAUCUCUGCAGUAAUCAAGCAGAAGCAUUGACCAAAGUGUUCCCCUGGUACACAUUCACGUGCAACCACCGUAGCUCAUACCAGCAGAUGCUGCUGCUUCUUUGUCAUGUCCAUGUCAUUAAAUGUGUGAGGAGAUCAUUGAACCAGUGCAAUAUCCUCUUUAUGCUGAUCAUGUGAGGUUGUGUGGUCAUCUUGGAGAGGAAACUAGACAGUAUUCUGAAGCACAGUUAGAAGGGGAAUUUUAUUCUAAAGUGUAAAUGUUGUUAAAAAAAAUGUUUUGUCUUGUCAUUUUAUGUUUUGAUUUCCCUUAUGGACAUUAAACAAACUCUAUUCCAUCUUA